AUGGAAACUAAGAAUCUAGGGAACAUUGUUAGAAAAGAUACAAAUAUGAGCAUUGAAGAAAUAACCAUAACAGAUCAAAGACUGGAAACAAUAAAUGUUAUGGAAAAACGUACAAGAAUCCAUACAUACCGCAAAUACUACAAUGAUACCACAAGCAAGAUAUUGGAUUUACUGCCUAGGAAGAUGAAGCAAUACAGGUCAGAGGGACGGCUUGAGAUAGCGCCCGGGGGCUGGGUGGUUCCAGAUGAGGGCACUGUUCCCUACACCGCUUAUAUUGACCAGUUAUCCGAAGGCCGGAAUUGGGUGAAGCAUAACAUUGGUACAUUGUCGGAUAUCUCUCUUGACCUCGAUCAGUUCGUAAUGUUUGCUGGGUCCCGCUACAUGCAGCGACAUUUUGGGGUUCGUCAAACUGUUAUAAAAAGAAUGCACUCUGGAAUUAAAGAGUUCAUGAUGCAAAACCAAAUGAUGAACUUCUGGUGGCGACAGGAUUGGGAUACGAGUGGUGAACACGACACUUUUGUGCACGUGGAACCUUACGAUUGGCUUAGCUUUGCAGACAGUUGUGGCCCGGAUAGAGAACUAUGUUCAGACCUUGACCUUGGCAUUGAUGUUUCGUUGCCGGACCUGGACUCCCCAAAGGUCAACGAAACUAUUAAGUUACAAUAUAACUCUUAUAAAAGCCUAGACGACUUUACGACAAAACUUGUAAACCAGCUUCACCUUAAAAGCGCUCACUUCAAACAUAAAAGCGUUCUACUACCUUUGGGCGCAUCUUGCAUUUCGACAGAAAGUGAAUGGGACCUUCAAUACAGAAACACAAAAAUUAUAAUGGACUAUAUCAACUCAAAACCAAAUUUCAAAACAAACAUUGUGUUUGGUACGAUGAAAAACCUAUUUGAGGACAUAAAACCGUCCAGCAAUAAAACCGAUUUGCUGUACCCUGUAAUAACCGGGGACUUUGUGCCAUAUGCAAACGAUCCUUUCUAUUGGAGUGGUUAUUUCACCACUAGACCCUCUCUGAAAAGACUUGGUCGAGAAGUACAAGAGUCGGUGACAGCAACUGACAUUUUCCUUGCUUUGGCUACAAUGAAUCUUGCUCGUACACCACAAAAACGCUCUGAACGUCUUAGAGUUUGGACGAAAGAAAUCAUCGAUUGUAGGCAUGAAGUGAAUAUAUUUCAACACCAUGAUUCUAUUACCGGAACAUCAAGGGUAAAUGUCAUAUCAGACUAUGAAAAACGCCUAUCAAAAGCAUUUGAGAAGUCCCAAAACAUAUUGGCUAAUUUAUUGAGUUGGCAAAUGUCUGGAAUAAAGCGGGAGACGGCUUAUUCCUCCGUGAUACCUUUAACGUAUGGAAACCAAAAAGCCUUCACCAUCAACUUCAUUGAGACGAAUAAAACAAAUAUUGUUUUACAGUUUGUCAACUCCUAUCACAAAGCUAGACAACACGAGACAACCAUUGAAGUAAUCAUUCAGAACAAUAGAUGUAUUGGCGUAUUUGACAAUAUUGGAAACAAAGUGAAAUACAGAGAAGAAUGCAUUUCCGAAAACAAGCGCAGACUAUCUUUCGAAUUCAAUAUUCCAGCUAUGGGAUGGGUGAUUUAUAACGUGACUAACAAUUUGGGUUUGUUAAAGUCAGAAUUAUCGUCAAAAGGUGAUGAAAAUAGUGAGGACAAUGAUUCAAAUAAAGAAAAUAAGGAUAAAGAACGACGGUUGAAUGUAUUUACAAAUUCCGGUCGUGGUGUAACAAGUCCCAAGCCGGGCACGUUCGUCGCUUUGGUUGAUAGAGUGGCGCAACUUAGAGAGUGUGCGCUAAGACAACAAGUUAGGGAAGAUAAGUUGGUGAAAACAAGUUUGUUCCUAACUGUUGAGAAACGAACUACACCAAACAUCAAUGACAAAAGGUUGUCUACAGAGAGCGUGAUUUUAAACGGCUGUUACGGAUUUCGCCUACUAACAAGUUUACCACGGCUCAAGCCCAGUAUGGAGAUGUUCUGA